AUGACAGGCAUCGACGGCGUGCCGGCCCCGACGGGCCACGGGAUCAACGAGUCCGAGAUACCGGGUACCGUUCAUCUCGUGGAUCUCGACCACAACGCCGCAACGUUGCAUGACGGGACACGAGAAGAUAUUAUCCUCAUUCCUACUCCUUCGGCAGACGUCAACGACCCCCUCAAUUGGUCCUGGCGGCGAAAGCGGCUUCAUCUCUGCUGCUUGUUGGUAUUUACCAUGUUCAACGGCUUGACACUUGCCGUCGUCUAUUCUGUCCUCGUGCCGCUGUCCGACGCCCUUGAUGUCCCGAUCGGUGGGCUCGUCGCCGGGACGGGCUACAUGUUCCUGCUACUCGGCUGGGGACUGCUGUUCUGGCAGCCCUUUGCGCUGCAGUACGGCAAGCGACUCACCUACCUGCUCUCCAUGCUUGGCUGCACGGCCAUUUCGAUAUGGAGCCCCUACGCGAGGGGCAAGGGACAAUGGAUAGCGCGCAACAUCGUGAUGGGCUUCGUCGCGGCCCCCGUAGAGGCUCUCCCGGCGGCGUCCAUCACCGACAUUUGCUUUACGCACGAGCGCGGCGCGUUCAUGGGCUGGUACUCCUGGGCGCUGGCCUCGUCCAACUACGUGGCGCCCAUCAUCGCGGGCUUCAUCAACGACGGCAUGGGGUACCAAUGGCCGUUUUACUUUGUGGGCAUGUUCGCCGGCGCGAGCCUCGUCUUCCUCUUCUUGUUCCUCGAGGAGACCAACUACGAUCGCAAGAGCGUCGGCGUCGUCUACACAGAAGGCCGUCCCGCGACCACCGCCUACGAGAAGCACACGGUGGCGGAGGAGGGAGAGAAAGGGGGAACCGCCGACAAGCUGCGCCAAUCCGAGUUCGCCGACGUCGAGUCCACCGUCGACGGCAGCAGUGUCCCACACGUGCGCGGCGUCCCGGCAGGUCUGACGGGCACCGAAAAGUCGUUUUGGCAGAAGCUAAGCCUGCUCGAUGCGCCGCGGCGCUUCAUGAUGUUCUCGCGCGCCUGGCAGCUGCUCAAGCUGCUGUCGUGGCCCGUGGUGCUCUACUCGGGCUUCUCGUACGGGUGCUACCUGGUCUGGUUCAACAUCCUGACGGCGACCAACUCGGUCAUCCUGAGCGGCGCGCCGUACCACUUUGCGCCGAGCGUGGUGGGACUGACGUACAUAGCGUGCAUGAUUGGGGCCAUCAUCGGAGCUGCGUACAGCGGCCCCGUGUCGGACUGGUUCGUGAUCCGCAUGGCACGACGCAACCACGGCGUGUUUGAGCCCGAGCAGCGCCUCUGGCUCUUUACGGUGACGACCAUUCUCGUCCCCGCCUCGCUUCUUCUCUGGGGCGUCGGUGCCGCGCACCAAGUCCACUGGCUCGCGCUGGUCUUCGCCAUGGUGGUGCUGUCCGCGUGCUGCGCGUCGGGCAUCACGCUCUCCUUCAACUACCUCAUCGACUCGUUCCGCGACAUCGCGGGCGACGGGCUGGGGACGUGCAUCAUCAUCCGCAACACCAUGGGCUUCGCCAUCGGGUACGGCAUCACGCCGUGGGUCGGCGCGCUGGGCCUGCAGGACUGCUUCAUCAGCGUCGCCGCCGUGUCGCUGGCCAUAUGCGCCGUCUACCUGCCCGUCAUCUUUUUCGGCAAGAGGCUGCGCGCCGUGAACCGCGACGGCUACUGGCGAGAGGUCAAGGCGCGGCUGGAGGCGGGGAGCAUCUGA